UUAAUUUCCUGAUGCUGUACUGAUUUUUAAUUAAGUGUUAAUAUGCCAGCAGAAAUGUUAAAUUAAUGUUGAACACAUGAAAGAGGGAUUAAUGAGUAAUAAAGUAAUUUAUUGAUGGCUCUCAGUGUCUGAUGGAUGCUGGAACUCAUUGAUGUGAUUCAAAGCUGCUCACUGACGUAACUUUAUAUUUAUUUCAAUCUUUCCUUCCUUCGCACAGACACAGGCUGGGCUCGUACUAUGAGCGCCUCGCUGCCGUGCAGUCAGCAGGGGGCACGCACAGAGUCAUAAUAAUAAUAAGAGGAAUGCAUCUGAGCAAAGCUCGCUGAGACCAGGCUUUCUUCGUUUGGACCGCUCCGAACCGCGGCGUGAAGCGAGCAGUGCUCAGGUCCAUGUCUCCGGCAGGACGGCCCCUGGCUGUGUUUCUGGGGAACAUCAUAUUGGAGCUGCAUAUUGUUUGCAGGACGCUGUUCCUCCUGCAGCCCCCCCGGUCGAUCCCGACGUAGUUGUGAAUUGAACAUGGCGACUGUACCAGUGUAUUGCAUCUGCAGAUUGCCUUACGACGUGACCCAGUUUAUGAUCGAGUGCGACGCCUGCAAGGACUGGUUCCACGGCAGCUGUGUUGGGGUGGAUGAAGAUGACGCUCCUGAUAUUGACAUCUAUCACUGCCCCAACUGUGAGAAGACCCACGGCAAAUCCACAUUGAAAAAGAAAAAAAACUGGAGCAAAUAUGACACGGGACAAAGCACAGACAUGAGAGCUGUUCAGAACGGCAGUCAGGUCUUCAUCAAAGAGCUCCGCAGCAGAACUUUUCCAAGUGCUGACGACAUCGUGGUGAAGCUGAGCGGCAGUCAGCUGACUCUGGACUACCUGGAGGAGAACGGCUUCAACGAACCCAUCCUGGUCCACAAGAAGGAGGGGCUGGGCAUGUCCAUGCCCGCUCCCACCUUCUACAUCAGUGAUGUGGAGAACUACGUUGGUCCUGAUGACAGCGUGGACGUGGUGGACGUCACCAAACAGACGGACAGCCAGAUGAAGCUGAAGGAGUUUGUUGAUUAUUACUACAGCACAAACAGGAAGAAGGUGUUGAACGUCAUCAACCUGGAGUUCUCAGACACAAGGAUGAGCUCUAUAGUGGAAAGUCCUCAGAUUGUGCGGCGGUUGUCCUGGGUGGAGAACUACUGGCCUGAUGACGCCCUGCUGGGAAAACCCAAAGUCACCAAGUACUGUCUUAUCUGCGUCAAAGACAGCUACACAGACUUCCACAUCGAGUGUGGGGGGGCGUCCGUCUGGUACCACGUCCUGAAGGGAGAAAAAAUCUUCUUUCUCAUCAAGCCCACCUCAGCCAACCUGUCCCUGUAUGAGCGCUGGAGGUCCUCGUCCAAUCACAGUGAGAUGUUUUUUGCUGACCAGGUGGACAAGUGUUACAAAUGCACUCUGAAGCAAGGCCAGACCCUGUUCGUCCCAUCAGGUUGGAUCAAUGCAGUUUUGACUCCAGUGGACUGCCUGGCGUUUUCUGGACACUUCGUUCACAACCUGAGUGUGGAGAUGCAGAUGAGAGCAUAUGAAAUUGAAAAGCGGCUAAAGGUCAAGACCCUGACCCCCUUCCCCAACUUUGAGACAGCCUGCUGGUAUGUGGGACGGCACUUUCUUGAGCGAUUCAGAAGUUUACAUAAGGCCAACAGGCAGCCAGCUCCAUAUCUGAUACACGGUGCCAAAAUCAUCAACGGAGCCUUCAGAGCUUGGACUAAAAAACAGGGGCAGGCCCUGCUGGAGCAUGAAGAUGAGCUCCCAGAGAACAUGAAACCAUCUCAGCUCAUUAAGGACCUGGCCAAAGAGAUCCGACUGUCAGAGAAUGCAACAAAAGCCAUUAAAAGUGAACCCAGCAUCAAGGUUCCUGCAGAGGAACCACCGUCCGUCCCCUCAGAACCAGAGGAACCCAUUUCUCCAGAACACAUUCCAUCACCCAGCAGAGAGAAACCCAAGAAGAAAAUCUCCAAAACCCCCAAGAUGCCCAAGACCCCCAAACCUCCAAAGGUACCCAAAGUUAAAGAGAGAGAAAAGAAGACGACAAAGAAGACAAAAGAGGCCUCACCACCUCGAAAACCGUCGAGCUUUGCAGCUCUUGAGUCCCACGCAAAGGACAUCCUGAGUAAAAUGGAGCAGCCAAAAAAGACCAAGGCUGUUAAAAAUGUCACGAGUUUACCAGAGAAGGAAAUAUCAAAGCAGAAUAACACGGGCAAGUUUGAAAUGAGAGAACAGAAUAAAAACAAGAAUGAAGCAAAGUGGAAGUAUAAGAACAGUAAACCAGACUCCUUGCUGAAAAUGGAAGAGGAGUGUAAAUUUGACAGAACAGCGCUGUCGGGCAGUAAAGACAGAUUCAGCUUCAUUAUGUCUCACAGAAAAAUGUCCAGCUCCAAGAUCCUGAAACCUCAAACAAACUCAACUGUUUUUGGAUCGUUGCAAAACCUGAAGGAUGAUAAAAGCAAGCCAGUGAGAGAUGAGUACGAGUACGUCUCGGAUGAAGGAGAGCUGAAGAUCGACGAAUUCCCCAUCAGGCGAAAAAAGAACACUAUAAAGAGAGAUCUGUCCUUUUUAUCAGAGAUCAGAGAACCUCUUCCUCCACCCAAAAAAACAAAGUUCCAGCCUUUGGUCACUAAGAGCAUGGACUCAUCAGAUGAAGAGACUUUGCACAUAGACACAGAGGCCAAGCCCGAGGUUAAAGGUCGUAACUCUAAAGUGAAGAAGAAGAGCGGCAGCGCUGCGGGGAUCCUGGACCUGCUGCAGGCCAGCAAGCAGGUGGGGGGGAUGGACUACAGCACCAACAGCCAGCCGCCUGCAUCUCCCAGCACACAAGAGGCCAUCCAAGGCAUGCUGUCCAUGGCCAACCUGUCGUCUUCAGAGAGCUUACAGCAGUCGUGGAGCAACAACCAGUCCAAAAACAACAGCCAGUCUAAGAACAGCUCGCACAGCUCACAGGUCUGCAAGAAGCUGAGUGGAGAAGCGAGCGGCAACAGCAGCAGCAAGCGGCCAGUAAAACGUCUCCCGAAGAAGCCCAGGAAAAGCAGCAGUAUUGAGAGUCUGGAUUAUGAUGAUGAGCAGGAUCACAUGGACGCAUGUUUCAAGGACUCAGAUUAUGUUUACCCUUCCCUGGAGUCUGAAGAGGACAAUCCUGUUUUCAAAUCAAGAUCAAAAAAACGGAAAAGCAGUGACGACACCCCCUACAGCCCCACAGCUCGUGUUGGACCUUCAGUUCCUCGACAGGAGAGGCCGGCACGAGACGGGGCCCGCGUGGCCUCCAUAGAAACAGGCCUAGCUGCUGCAGCAGCAAAACUUUCUCACCAGGAGGAGCAGCAGAAAACCAAGAAGAAAAAGAAAAGCACCAAAAAGAAAGCAAUAGUAGCUGAGGAGCCAUCAAAAACCUCUCAGGACAGUAGCUCGCCGGAUCAUAAUGUGGACUCACAAGAUGGCAGCCUGACAGACAGUGAGGUCAACACAGGAACUGUUAAGUUCCCAGGAGGGCCGCAGCCCAUGGCGCCGGGGAUCUUCCUCAGCCAGAAGCGGCCGUCCAUGUCCUCUUCCAACAACAGCACCAACUCCUCCAGCACUAACAACAGCAGCACGGCCAAGGGGGACCGCCUGGGGUCCACAGAUUCCAAAGCCAAGAGGCUAAAGAAAGGCAUGGCAACAGCUAAACAGAGACUCGGCAAGAUCUUAAAGAUCCAUCGAAAUGGGAAGUUGCUCCUGUAGCCUGCCGCAGACUGGAGGGACAGGGACUUCUGGACCUGGGUCUCACCGCCAUCAGUGGGGAGGGUCAGAGACGCAAACCGAAACUGAUACGAACUGAACAGGAAAAUCAUGCAUUUUUCGAUUUUCAAGAACAUCACUUAAAUAGGUUUUUGCCUCUACUUAGACUUUAUAACUUUCAGAUAUAAAAAUGUACAGAAGCUAUUAUAAAUAUUUUUUAAGAGAACAUG